AUGCCACGGUCUCGAACAAGAUCUACAGAUCGAGAUGGUGAGUUUUUAUUUCUCAUUUAUUUUUCUCGUAUUUUCAUUUUCCAAAAGACCUUUUUUCGACUUGAAAAAUCGGCCUCCAAGUUUGGAAAGUUUAAAAAAUUUUUUUUUUCCUAGAAAGUCACUCUUGCUUUUCAGGCAUAUUACCUCCAGCUAUACCAGAAGCGACAAGAAAUAGAGUAGAAGCCUUGAGACAGGUAACUUACCUAUUCAAUUUAGAGUUGUGAAAGUUUUGAAUCUUUCAGGUCUAUGGAAGGCCUACUACCGCACACAGAAAUUCUCGUCCAACUACUUCUUCGUUCAGUGGUUUUCUGCUUUCUAUUUUCCAUGUUCAUUUCCAAACUUCAAGAUGACCAAAUUCUGCCAGAAUUCAUAAGCAAAAGCUUGGCGCUCCUCAAUCACCGAGCUGGCGAUGGGCUGAAACGGGCAAAGUCGGCAACUCGUACAGUUACCAGAGCCUCGACGACUUAUGGACGAUCGGCUAGUCAAGAAAGAAUGGAAGAUCUUCGACAAGAACUGUUUGAAGCCAAAAAGGUGUUGUCUUCAGAAAUUCAAAAAAAAGAAGAAAUAGUUGCUACUUUUGAUUUCGACAGCUGUGGGGGGACGUAGAAUGGCAAGACACUUUGUGGUUCCUUUGGAAUCAAAAUACAGGGAAUAUAAUGUUCUAAGAAUUGCGUCGAGAUUUUAGCCUAUACUAAUUUCAGCACAACUCCAAAUUAGCGAUCGAUAAGAAGAAGUUGCAAACGCAUUUGCAAAAGCUGACAAGAGAGUCCGAGCGGAGAGAGCAGCACCUGCAGCGCCUAAUUAGUGGAAAGGUAAUUUUCGCUCUGUUUUGGCUGAUACUCACCUGAUUGCAGUUUCAACCGGCAGAGGUUAACGACACUCAAAUGGCGCAUACUCUCACGAUACUGAGAAGAAGCGAGAUGGGAAAAGAACAAGUCAUCAAACUACAGGCGCAAGAACUCGAGUACUUUUUUCAGCUCUUUUUUCACUAAUUUAUAUAAUUGCAGGUUUCUUAGAAAACAACUUGCAAAAGUUACCAAUGGUGAAUUUGACGGUUCUGCUCCGAGAAAAUCUCAAAAAAAGAGUCACGAAAAACAAAUAUCCGAAACGGGAAGCGGCAGUACAACAGCAACAAGUGAACGAGGAAAACGGCCGACUACGUCGAAAAAUCGAAUCCAUUUUGAAGACCAAAAAAAUACAAAGAGUGAAACACAAGCCAGAAACAAACGCAGAAUAGAGUAAGUUCAAAGUUCAUUCACUUUGUUUCAGAAGAGCUUUUUUACUGAAUCUUUUGUCAAGUAAUCCUCUUUCCUAUAUUAAAAUCGAGUUUUCAGACUGGCUAAAGCAUACGCUGAUCAAAACGCGAAAUUGAAAGAACGACUCAAAGACUUGAAAAAAGCUUAUGACGAAGCAUCCAACAUUAGCAAAGAGCGGCAGGAUCAGCAAUCAAAAGCUCACAGUUCACAAACUGCUCAGCAAGGUGACCAAACUAUUGCGAAAUCUAUUUCAUGUUAGAAAUUGAAGAAGAAGAUUUUCAAAUGAAGCUGAAAAAAGCGAUUGAAAAAAUAAAAGCUGAAAGAGAAGAGACCGAGGGAGCUUUGAACGAAGAAAUACGGGAAAUGCAUCAGCAGCUGGGUCUUGCCUACACGGAAAUAGACAACUUACGGUGAGUUCCCAUUCUCUACAUCCUUCAUCACGAUUUUUUAGACUGGAAAAUAAUCAUUUGCAAGAGAUAAUAAAAGAGUUGGAGAGCAGACUCAAACAAUCUCAAACAGUUGCCGCUUCGUCACCCGCGCGUAUUGAGUAAGCUUCUUAUUUCACCCUUUUAUCGUGAGAGAUAAAACUGUCAUUUCUCAGAAUCCCCAAACUAGAUAUGACUCAAAUGGACGCUCCCGAGUCUGUUAGAGUUUCAGUGAAGCCUGGAAGCCAAGAGAAGAAAAACGGAGAAGAAAAACUGGUAUCUGCUGUUUAGAAAUUUUCAAGUUUGGAAUCUCUAUUUCGCAGUUCGAGCCGGAGGUUCUUGCUAUGGUCGUUGCGGAGAUUGGAGGAGCUCAUGUAGAACGGCUGAUCUUGUUGGAGAAAGAAGGCCUGCGAAGUGUUUAAUUGAGAAAUAUUCUAUAAUGGUUGUUUUUUUAUGUAGGAUGCGAUUUAUUUACAACUAUUUCUUUCAUUUCGAAUUGUUAUAUUUUCUCUCAUUUCACUUUAUUUUUUUCAUAUGAUUCUUCAAAGAUUCGAUCGAAAAGUUUUAGGAAUUCUUCUGCAUUCAAUAAGUUGAAAAAAACACCGCACACUUUUUUUUUUAUUCUCAUUUGCUCACCGUAAAUCACCCAAACGACCUGAUUCUGAGUUCAGUUUAAUAUUUCUGAUCUUUCAUUUUUUGAAGCGUUUGCUUGCACUUUUCUUUCACUGCCCUUUGUGAUAUGUCAACUGCGGGAACACAUUUUUGAAACAUGCAUAUCUUGUGGAGACGCAUACCAAAUGGUCGAAUAAACGUUAUUUCCGUCCCAACCACGGCCACGCCGAAGUUGAACAUUCCGAGAAGGCCGAAGCUGAAGAACAACAUCACGAAGUUUCGGCUCAGCCAGUAGAAAGCUCCGAGCUGAACACUGGCUCUGCUGAACCUCAUGAGGACCACGACCACGCCGAAUUUUCAGAUAAGAUCAUUAACAGCUAA